AAAAAUUAAAUUUUUAAAGCAAAGUUUAUGUUUUUUUGGAUAAAAUAACAACAAAAGUUGGAAGUCGCAGAGAUAAUAGAUAGAGGGUAGAAAAAAUAAACCCUAGAUCUAUUCAAAUUGGAAAUCUUGAUUUUUAUACUUUUAAUCUUUCAUUUUGAUUCGUUCAUGAUCUUCAAAUUGAUUAAAUCGAGUUGUAUAUAGGAAGCGAUAUUGGAAUUUUGGGGGAAAGAGUUUAGUUGAUAGUGGAUUUGGAGGAGAAGAGGAAGAAGAGAGGAGAGAUCAAAGAAAAGAGAGGAAAAAUGAUGUCAAGAUCGUAUACAAACCUUUUAGAUCUAGCGUCGGGGAAUUUUCCGGCGAUGGAGAUGGGGAGGGAGAAAAGGCGGCUUCCGAGGGUGAUGACGGUAGCGGGAGUGAUUUCGGAGAUGGAUGAUGAUCAGGCUAAUAGUGUGUCGUCGGAUGUGCCGUCAUCGAUUGUACAAGAUCGAAUAAUUAUUGUAGCGAAUCAGCUGCCUGUGAGAGCGAAGAGGAGGCCGGAUAAUAAGGGGUGGAGUUUUAGUUGGGACGAGGACUCGUUGUUGUUGCACUUGAAGCAUGGGUUACCUGAGGACAUGGAGGUUCUGUAUGUAGGAUCAUUGAAGGUAGAAGUGGAUGUGGAUGAGCAAGAUGAUGUGUCACAGAUUUUAUUGGAGAAGUUUAAAUGUGUCCCGGCUUUCCUGCCCCAGGAUAUUCAUACUAAGUUUUACCAUGGAUUCUGCAAGCAUCAUUUAUGGCCGCUUUUUCAUUACAUGUUGCCCUUUUCGGCAAGCCAUGGUGGGAGGUUUGACAGGUCGCUGUGGGAAGCCUAUGUGGCUGCGAAUAAAAUAUUCUCACAGAGGGUGAUUGAGGUGAUAAACCCUGAGGAUGACUAUGUUUGGAUACAUGAUUACCAUUUGAUGGUGUUGCCAACUUUCUUGAGACGGCGAUUCAUCAAAUUGAGGAUGGGAUUCUUUCUACACAGCCCCUUCCCUUCUUCAGAGAUAUACAGGACUUUGCCUGUGAGGGAGGAGAUCCUUAAGGCAUUGCUAAAUGCAGACCUUAUUGGAUUCCACACCUUUGAUUAUGCUCGCCACUUUCUUUCUUGUUGUAGUCGUAUGUUAGGCUUGGAGUAUAAAUCAAAAAGGGGAUAUAUUGGAUUAGAAUAUUAUGGCAGGACUGUUGGAAUAAAGAUUAUGCCAGUUGGCAUUCAUAUGGGGCAGAUUGAGUCGGUUUUGAGACUUGCUGAUAAAGAAUGGAGGUUGCAGGAGCUUAAACAGCAGUUUCAAGGAAAGACUGUGUUGCUUGGUGUGGAUGAUAUGGAUAUCUUUAAAGGGGUCAACCUGAAGCUCUUGGCUAUGGAGCAAAUGCUCAAGCUACAUCCUAAGUGGCAAGGAAGAGCAGUUUUGGUUCAGAUUGCAAAUCCUUCCAGGGGGAAAGGCAAGGAUCUCGAAGAGAUUCAAGCUGAGAUUUUGGCUAGCUGUAAGAGAAUAAAUGAAACCUUUGGACGUCCUGGCUAUGAACCCAUUGUUUAUAUUGACAGACCAGUAUCUCUGAGUGAAAGGGCUGUGUAUUAUACCAUUGCUGAGUGUGUAGUUGUCACAGCAGUAAGGGAUGGUAUGAACCUCAUUCCAUAUGAGUACAUAGUCUGUAGGCAAGGUGUCUCCGAAUCUGGGUCAGGUUCAUCACCUAGUAAUCCCAAGAAGAGUAUGUUGGUCGUGUCAGAAUUUAUAGGCUGUUCUCCUUCUCUGAGUGGCGCUAUCAGGACAAACCCAUGGAAUGUGGAUGCAACAGCCGAGGCAAUGAACGAGGCUAUCUCUAUGAAUGACGCUGAGAAGCAGCUACGCCACGAGAAACAUUACAGAUAUGUUUGUACGCAUGAUGUGGGAUUUUGGUCAAGAAGCUUUUUCCAAGAUCUAGAGAGGACGUGCAGGGACCAUUUCAGGCGGCGCUGCUGGGGAAUCGGGUUGGGUUUUGGAUUUAGGGUAGUUGCCCUAGAUCCUAAUUUCAGAAAGUUGACCAUUGAUGCUAUUGUCUCUGCAUUCUCUAGGUCUAAAAGUAGGGCCAUAUUGUUAGAUUAUGACGGCACUAUGAUGCCCCAGACAUCCAUUGACAAGAAGCCUAGUCAAGAGGUGAUAACUAUUAUCAACCUAUUGGCCGGAGACCCUAGAAACACUGUUUUUAUUGUUAGUGGACGAGGAAGAGAGAGUUUAGGUAAAUGGUUUUCACCUUGCAAGAAGGUUGGCAUUGCUGCUGAACAUGGAUACUUUAUGAGGUGGGGUGGUGAAGAAGAAUGGGAAACAUGUAGUCAAAAUUGUGAUUUUGGAUGGGUACAGAUAGCUGAACCUGUUAUGAAGCUGUAUACAGAGUCAACAGAUGGUUCUCAAAUCGAAACUAAAGAGAGUGCCUUGGUCUGGCACUAUAGAGAUGCUGAUCCAGGUUUUGGGUCUUGCCAAGCAAAGGAGAUGCUAGAUCAUUUAGAAAGUGUUUUAGCAAAUGAGCCUGUUGCUGUAAAAAGUGGCCAGCAUAUUGUUGAAGUCAAGCCUCAGGGGGUAAGUAAAGGUUUGGUUGCGGAGAAGAUAUUCACCAAAAUGGCUGAGAUUAGAAAGCAGGCUGAUUUUGUACUGUGUGUUGGUGAUGAUAGAUCUGAUGAAGACAUGUUUGAGAUCAUUGGGAGUGCAAUGAGCAGUGGUGUUCUGUCAUCUAAUACAUCAGUAUAUGCUUGUACAGUCGGACAAAAGCCGAGCAAAGCAAAAUAUUAUUUGGAUGAUACUGCAGAAGUCAUUACAAUGCUUGAUGCCCUUGCUGAUGUUUCAGACCCUUUCCUGUCGAGUGAUGAUGAGCCAGGAAGUCCCUCGUGAUAGUUCCUUGAGAUUUUCUUCAAGUAAAUAGUGGUUUUAUCUUCUUCAUAGGAUAACUCAAGGAUUUCCCUGCUUACCUGAUAGCUCUGGGACCAAUUUGGUUCAUGCCCUAUUGAUGGUUGAUCCAGAAAAAAUGUCUGAAAUUGAAUCUGGCAGAACAAUUGUGGUGGUGGAUGGAAUCCCUUUGAGGACAUUUUUCUGGAUUGCGUAAAGGUAAAACAAUUGCUUAUUUCAUGCUUGAAAAAGGCUUAUGAGGAUUGGCAAAUGAGAGACUUUGCAGCGUCGUAUGUACAUAGAAAGCUCACCAGGCAUUUGACAUUCAGUCCAUGCUGUUGCUUUUCUUUCCAUUUUACUGCCUGGUGGGUGAUUGACUCGUAUAAGUAUUGAAGUCAGAUGUCUGGCAAGAACAUACCGGGUUGGUUGUAAAAUGCCGCAUUGAGUUGUGGGUAUAGAUGUUUUAGCAAUUUUAAUGUUCUUUACACCUUGGUUUCUGAGGGAGUGAAUGCCUUUUGUGUUUACUGGAAAAUGUUGAACUUGUUAGUGGUAGGUAUACUCCAUAGGCAAUUUGUUCAAGCUGCUGAUAUUAUUUUGAAAUGCCAGAAUAGGAGUAUUGCUCAUUCUUUAUUAGAACCCUAUCAGCAAAGGAUAAAUCAGAUGAUGAUUCAGUUGUUGAGGGUAUGAUCGAUUGUCAAUUCUAUAAAAAUAUUCAGACCCCUUCUGUA